UUUAUUUUCCUUGUCGAAAUAUCAUAAAGAUAAGAAGGCCAUGACUUAAGUGCCUUCUGUCUUCAGUCACAAUUUCAGACACAAAUCAAAUAGUUCCAAUCGAAUCAAAAACGCAAAAGAAUGAGCCAAAACAUGAGCAUCGUUCGCCUGGAGUCCUCCGACAAGGUGCUCUUCGAAGUCCACUAUGACGUCAUCAAGUGCUCAGAGACAAUUCGCAAGGCUCUGCAGGAUCUGGGCGAUGAGGACGACUUUGGGGUUCUUCCAGUGCCGAAAGUUAGCUCGCAGAUUCUAGAAAUGGUGCUCAACUGGGCCACUUACCACAAGAACGACAUUCCAAAAGUGAUUGACGAAGAUGCCGAAGAGGACGAGUCCAUGGAAAAGCGUACCGAUGACAUAUGUGCCUGGGACACCAACUUUCUCAAUGUUGACCAGGGCAUUUUGUACGAGAUAAUACUGGCGGCUAACUACCUAAACAUCCAGAACCUGCUGCACACCACCUACAGGACGGUGGCCAAUAUGAUCAAGGGCAAGACAACGGAGCAAAUUCGCCAGACAUUCUCGCUGGUCAAUGACUUUACGCCGGAGGAGGAGGAGGAGAUGCGCAGGGAGGCCGAUUGGUGCAAAUGGGACUAAGAUAAUAUAUUCCCUUAAUUAAAUCUAUUACUUGCUC